CCACAUCCCUUAUAUUUACAACCUUCGUUGCAUUUACCCAUCCUCCUCCACCAUCAAUUUCCUCCGCCGGGAGAGUGCUGUGGAGUACAGACAUGGAGCAGCAGAUGGAACACCAGAAUCCCGGAGCCGACCGCAAAAGCCCGACUCCUGUUCCAAAUGCGGCUCCAAGCCCCUUCAAGUGUAAUGUCUGUCAGAGGAGCUACUCCCGAGUCGAUCACUUAGCUCGGCAUUUUCGUUCACAUACAGCUGAAAGGUCAUACCGUUGUGACGUUUGUUCGAAGUCGUUCACUAGAGCGGAUCUAUUGAAAAGGCAUGCUUCAGCUCAUACAGACAAUAGUCGACGCCGCAAAAGCAAUCAGCCACGUGCUGGCCGGGUCUCGCAAGCUUGUAAAGCAUGCGCAGGAGCAAAGCUGAAAUGCAAGGAAGAGAAACCUUGUCAAAGAUGUGUGUCCAAAGGAAUCAGAUGUGACUAUAACGAACAAGAACACAGAAAUGUGGAGUCUUGGCGAGGCGGAAGCAUCGAUGAAAAUAUUAUUCCAGGAAAUAAUAGUGCAAUGACAGACGCUGGAAGGACAAGCGAUAUGACUUUUGAUGCGGGAAACGGUGCAGGGCUCGAGGACUGGAUGCUGGGCAAUGCUCAUAAUGGCACUGGGCAGAAUGGUUCGAUUGGCAUGGAUCAGAUGCCCGGAAUGCUACCUCCAGAUCCUAACACAGCUGCGAUAAUGGAAGUCAAUGACAAUCUUUUCGCCGAUUUCCUAAGAGAAAUCAUGAUGCCACACCAAGCCGGACCUUACGAUGGUCAGAUGCACGUAGACGGAGCUGAAACUCCGUCCGCAGCAUUUCGUGAUCUCUUUUCCUUUGGCCAGGAUUCGAAUCUCGAACUCAACAAUCAAGACUACAACCUUAUGGACUUCUAUCAAGGAAAGAGCAUAGGAGAACCAUCCGUACCAAGACCACCAAAUCGUGCAUCAAUCUCAUUUCAAGCCGAGACACCCCAGUCAGAGGCUACGAAUCAACCAUCAACUGAGAGCCUAGCCCUGGGAACGGAGGCUUUCAAGCGAUCACUUUGGUGCUGGACUCCGGUGCGGCAAGAUGCUGGACAUCAAGAGCAAUCAAAUUUCAAUCUCCAACCGGAAGAUGCUCCCAAUCUAGGAACACAAUUUGUCGUUAGCGAGCAAGUGGCUGCUAAAGUUUUUGGGCCCGAAGCACGAGACAAGAUCGUUGCUAUGAUUCUCAGUACCUGUGAACGAGGCAACUUCCCGAAGGUUAUGUCAUCGUUCCCCUCAGCUGAGCUUUUGAACAGCUUGAUGCAGUGCUUUUUGGCUUCUCAUAUUGCGCAGAAUGAUACCUGGAUACAUCUGCCGACGCUGAAGAUAAACAAGCUCAGACCAGAGUUGCUGGCGAGCUUUCUGGCUGCUGGUGCCAUGUUUAGCUCCUCGCUUACGAUCAGAAAAUUGGGCUUUGCAAUUCAGGAGGCUGUUCGAUUCUCUGUGCCAAAAGUGUGCGAAGAAAACAACUCCGUGACACGAGAUCUAACCUUACUGCAAGGAUUUCUCCUGAGCCUCGAUGUUGGUCUUUGGAGUGGCAACAAGAGAAAGACAGAGUUGGCAGAAAGUCAAGCCUUAGUUGUCGUAACGAUGUGCCGACGAGCCAGUCGUAUGCUACGCUCAAGUUACCAAACCAUCCGUCCUUUGGAAUCGGAUACCGGAAGAGUUCUUGAGCAGAAGUGGCGAGCUUGGGCUGAACAAGAAUCGUUGAAGCGGCUCAUCUUCCAUCUCUUCAUCCGUGAUGCCCAGACAAGCAUGUGCCUUGUAGUCCCAACUAUCAUUUCAUAUGCGGAACUCACCCUACCUCUGCCUCUUCCGAACGCCCUCUUUCUGGCUCCGACCGCCACAGCCUGGAAAGCAUUAUACCCAUCGGAAAGCCUGACCGAUCGUAUUCCAUCACUUCCUCAAUGUCUUUACGACCUCUCUCCUCUAAACGCGCCCGGGGCACAUCACCAGCUCGACAUACCACUUUGUCUAUCACUGGUUGCAUAUGGGAUGUGGGGCUUGAUCCUCGAGUUUCGUACCCUGAACUCGGUGCUCAAGGCACAUCCAUCUCCUAACCAAUCUUACGGCUCUAAUGCUUUGGUCAUCGGGCACAGACACCAAGAGCUCUGCCAAUUGUUGCAACACUUCACAGUCUCACUUCCUAGCACCAAUGUGCAGGUUUCCAGUCGCCAAGCAAAAGCUUUUCCUACUAGUACCCUCGAAUCUCAAAUUCUAGCAUCUCUCCUCCUUACUCAUUUGCAUGUAUCUUUCAAUGAUAUCCAAUUGUUUGCUGGUAGGGAAGGAGAUGAAGAGGCUAGAAGAGUGUAUCCUGGCCUCCAAACCUGGGUAGAAAGUCGGGAAGCUCGAACUGCGCUAUGGCAUGCUGGGCAAGUCGUGCGCUACGCAAAAAUGCUCGGGGGAGCAAGGGAAUUUCUUGCCGUCGCUGUGUAUCACGCAAGUCUGACAUUCUGGGCUUACGGAGUACUGAGACUAGGGGGCGAGAGAAUUCACACUGUUGGCCAUUCUUCUAGCGAUGAAAACUUGCUGGUCUGGCUGGACGGCGACGAAGUGGAAGAUGUGAAGAGAUUCGUGGCAUUAGGAAGCGGGAUGCCAUGUUUCUCGGCUGCUGGGAAAGUCGCUAGACUCUCGGAACCAGAGAAAGUGAUGAGCGCUAUCAUCAACGUGCUGAAAGGCAUAGAUGACCAAGAGUCUGCUAGAAACGAACAGACAGCAGUGCCUCCCUUGGUGGAGAAUCUCAGCCAGUUAAUCACGGAGCUAGGAAGCGCAGCUAGGGCUGUCAUGAGCAAUUGAUAGCGUCAUUUUGUGCAUCAUUUGCGGCGGGCCGAUAUUGAUGCCAUUGCAAAUGCAGGUCCCUAAAUUCUACAAUCUACAACGACCACCCAGCAUCAAUGAUAGCAUUCGAGCCAGUCACAGUCUUGCUCUUGGCAAAACACAAUACUUGCUCUGCAACGUCUUCGACCGUAGCGAAACGAUUCAACUUGGUCUUAGCUUUGGAAGCCUCCAGCCUCUCUGGGGAAAACUUCAACCCCCAUUCCUGUGUGUGUUAGUCUCCGUCAUAAGGGUAUUCAGUCGACAUACUGUGAGCAAUAGACCUGGAGACACAGAGUUCACUCUGAUGUUUGGGCCGGAGAUGGUGGCGAGGGUCUUGACUAGGUGAAGCUGUGCGGCUUUGGUUACGGAGUAUGCCUAGCCAUUGAUUAGCGAGCUUACUGUGAAGACGAAGAUGGAGAGGGCUGGUCAUCCUUCGCGUAUUGACCUGUCCGUAGAACGCUUUACGAUGAAAGCAACUCACAAUAGAACUACCGCUAGGCUUGACACCAGCCAAACUAGCCGUUGUAAUGAAACAUCCUUCAGAUGCUUCCAAGUGUUUCUUCGCAGCGUGGAACAACCACAAAUGCGACUUAACAUUCAUA